CUCGUUCUUGUUCGAGCGAGCCGAGCGCAUUUUGUUCUGCGACCGGCCGCCAUACUCAAACAAAAAGAUUGAAAUGAAAAGAUAAAUUUUGUAUUUAUUGAAAGUUAUUGUGAGUGUUUUAAUUUACUAAAUGAGUUCUAAAUCAGAUGUAAAUAGAAGAGUGCUCGCCAUUCAGGCGAAAAAGAAGCGUCACAAAUUGGGAAAAAAGAAAAAUCGUGACGAGGAACACGGUACUGGUGGACAGGGAAACGGGGUGCGCACCCAGAAUCAAAGUAGGCUGGAGCCCACACAUAGCUCGUCCAACGAGACGAUCGAGGAGGACGAGGACGAGCAGUACGCUAGCGACGACGAGGAGCAGGAGGACAGCGCCGACUACUGCAAGGGCGGCUACCACCCUGUGCGCAUCGGGGACCUUUUCCUCAGCCGCUACCACGUCACUCGCAAGCUCGGCUGGGGACACUUCUCCACCGUCUGGCUGUGCUGGGACCUCGUUGAUAAGCGAUUCGCCGCCCUUAAGGUAGUCAAGUCAGCACCUCAUUUUACCGAGACUGCUCUUGAUGAGAUCAAAAUAUUGAAAGCAGUCCGUGACAGUGACCCCACCGACCCUAAGCGGAACAAGACUGUUCAAUUACUGAAUGACUUUAAGAUAACAGGUGUGAAUGGUACCCAUGUUUGCAUGGUGUUUGAAGUUCUUGGUCAUCACCUCCUAAAAUUGAUUCUUAAAUCGAACUAUAGAGGAAUCCCACGAGAAAAUGUUAAAACCAUCAUAAGACAAGUGUUGGAAGGUUUGGAUUACCUGCAUACUAAAUGUAAGAUAAUUCACACUGAUAUUAAGCCUGAAAAUGUGUUAGUUUGUGUUGACGAGACAUAUAUUCGAAAACUGGCAGCGGAAGCUACUGAGUUACAUUCCUUGGGCUUGAGGUUGCCCAACUCACUUAUAAGUACUGCUCCAAAAGAAUUUCAAGAACAAGUUGUCACUGCAAAAAUGAGUAGAAAUAAAAAGAAAAAGUUAAAGAAGAAAGCUAAACGUCAGUCAAUGCUACUCAAGAAGCAGAUGGAACAGAUUGAAGAGAUGGAGGAGCAGAAGAAACUUGAGACCAGUGAGUCGGCACCAAUGUCACAGGACAAUGAUGACUCUCCACAGACUCCAGAAGAGGCUAGUGUGAUUGAAACAACUCGUUUGGAAAAUGAAGGCACUGUGAAUGGAUGUGCUGAUUCUCCUAGAGCUGAUGAUGAAGCAUUUGAUGCAGACGCCGAUGCAGUACAAGUUCGAACUAAACAAUAUGGUUGUGGAGAUGAUGCUGGGACACCUAUGUCAGAGGGAGAAACAACUGACACACCUCCAUCUUUUAAUUCUCAGUCUACAAAAGGCAAAUCUGUAAGCAAACAACCAGAUCCUGCAUUUGAUGUCUGUGAACUUGAAGUAAAAAUUGCAGAUCUGGGUAAUGCUUGCUGGGUACACCGACACUUCACUGAGGAUAUCCAGACAAGGCAGUAUCGUUCCCUGGAGGUAUUGCUGAGUGCUGGGUAUGGGACUUCUGCAGACAUUUGGAGUACUGCUUGUAUGGCUUUUGAAUUGGCCACUGGAGACUAUUUAUUUGAGCCUCAUUCUGGAGAUGGGUAUAGUAGAGAUGAAGACCACCUUGCUCAUAUUAUAGAAUUGCUAGGUGAUAUUCCGAAGCGUAUAGCAGCUUCAGGAAAGUAUUCUAAAGUGUUCUUUAAUAAGAAGGGAGAGCUGAGGAACAUAACAGGGCUGAAACCAUGGGGUUUAGUGUCUGUGCUUACGGAGAAAUAUGAAUGGAGUCAAACAGAUGCUGAAGAAUUUGCAGAUUUCUUGAAACCCAUGUUAGACUUUGAUCCUAACCGACGAGCCACGGCGUAUGAGUGCCUUCAGCAUCCUUGGUUAAAGCAAGCUGCACCUGAACAAAAAGAGUCUGAGGAAUAAUAUACACUGCUCUCUGUCUCUAUUCAAAGUUGAAGGUUCAUAAAAUCUGUCGUGUUGAUACAUGACCUAUCAGUGUUUUACAUUUUAAUCAAAGUUUAUUUGUGAAUUUCUUUUGUGAAUAAUUUGUAUUUAGAUUUGUUUGUUAGCAGUCCUUGAUUUGGAAAAUAUUUUGUAUGCAACAGUUGGGAUGCUCCUGAUCCUAGUUUCCCUGUACCUUUGGUAGUGAUGUAUAUAAUACACACUACUGAAGUUGUUUGUGGCAGUAUGGUUGAAUUUUAGUAAUUGGCAUUAACUUAGACCUACUAAAUUACCCAAUCUGUACAGAUAGCUUUAGGAAAAAUUGUGAUGUAUGACAUGUAGACAAUAUAGAUUUGUCACAUUAAUCUUUUAGGAAUUUAUUAGUUGACAUAGCUCUGCACUAAACCACCUAGGAAGUGAGGAAACUAAUGUAAUAAAGUCAUGCAUGCAUACUGUAGCCAUCAGGUAGUAUGUUCACAUAGUUUAAGUUUGUGUUUUAUCACUAUCACAAUAAAAAAUCUCAUAAUGUAAACUUUAGGAAUAAGACAGUAUUUGUAAUGCCACACCUCCGAGACUGCCUUUUUAUAUUUCAAUGAGUCAUCUAAAUUUAACAAUGGCUGGAAUGCAGCUAUGUAAGUGGAGGCAGUGACAGUGUCCUCAAAACCAAGCUAAGAAUUGUAUUAUUUAUUAUAGUAGAUCCCAAUUUACAUGACCAUGAUUUGUAUUAAUUAUAUCUGCAAAUUUACAUGAAUAAAAUGUCAAAACGAGCUUGUUA